AAAAUAAUAAGUUCAUUUAGAUUAGAAGAAAGAAUUAUUACAACUGACGAAAGCGUCUGUGUCUGUAUUUUUUGAGUGAAAAAAGAAGACGAGAUAUAUAACACAAAAGCAGAAAUAGUGUAUGAUCAAAGUGAAAAAACUUACAAAGAUAAAAGAAAAAAAUCCAAUCAAAAUUUUAUGCAGUCAAAUGAAUUCUCAGUAGAAGCUAAAACCAUUAGUCAUAUAGGAGGAGAUUACUAGCUCAAAUUUAUAAUAUUACCAUACCAACUAGCUCUUAAGCGUCUUUAGGAUUUUCAUGUAUGCAAAAAAGGAUAAAGAAUUUUUUUGGUGAUUAAAUUUCAUUCAAAAGAAUCAGCACGGAGGAUAAAAGGAGCAUAUCAUAUAGAUAAGAGUGAGAAAGGUUUUUUUUUCUGUGUAUAUUAUAAAGCAAGAAAAAGAAAGAAAAAAUGCCAUCACAACCAUACAACUUAGUCAAGGACGAGCAAGAUUUACGUGUUCCCUUACACUCAGACGAAGCCUUCUUUACAGGCAUCAGCUUUCAAGCAAAGUUGAUUGGGUUUCAAGAAGUGCCGCGUCCAAAUAACCGAACGGAAAUAGUACAAGCCAUGAGGAGAAUACGAUAUGAAUACAAACAGCAAAACGUCAAGAAGAAAAAAGUUUCGAUAGAGAUCUCGGUAGAUGGAGUGAGAAUAUGCCUCAAAAAGCGAAAACGAAAAAUGAGAGUGAGAAAAUCGCAAAAUUGGUCGGGAGAUUUAGGAGAGAUUGAGAUUAUGCACCAUCCAAUAUAUCGUAUCUUUUAUGUUUCACAUGACAGUAGCGAUUUAAAAAUUUUUAGUUAUAUUGCACGUGAUGGAAGUUCCGAUAGAUUCAAAUGCAUGGUAUUCAAAAGUAAUAAAAAGACACAAGUCAAGAAAGUUUUAAUUGUUAUGUCAAAAAGUCCCAAUCAUCAUAGAACCGAUAGAAAAAAUAAUUUUGACAAAAUGAUGCAACAUAAUAUUAUGUUUGAUAGGGAGGCUGGAUAUAAUACAGGUAGUAACUAUAGCUCAAUGCAACGAAAAAACAGAAUGAGACGAAUGGAGGAAUUAAGCCACUCACUCGAUGAUGGUUUAAAUAAUCUUCCUGAUGACUAUAAUGGAAGAUAUGGCAACAGUAAUAGUAAUAAUAACAAUAAUAAUAAUAAUAAUAGUAACAAAAGCAGUGCAGGAAAUUCAAGACAAAGACAAAGUGGAAGUAGACAACAACAGCAGCAGCAAGAGUCACAAUUUAAUGAUGAUAUGGAUGAUCCGGAUGAAUUCUUUGAUGAUGAAUAUGCUGAUGAUUAUUAUUACAAUAAUAAACCAUCUGGUGACAAUCGACCACGUAGUUAUAAUGAAAAAUACACUUCCUACACGUACGAUGACUAUGACUCUAAUCAAAAUUUCUCGCGGAAUCGAUAUAGUCUCAAUGAAGCGUCAAUGUCACAAAAAAACGAUCAACGGUAUCAAUCGUCGCCAAUGAGUCAGCAAAAAUAUUCGUCACUUCGUAAGCCACAAGCAUCAGCUGCAAUGAGCGGUAAACACAUUCUCUUUAAUGACGAGGACGAUAUUCAUUACAUGAAUGAUAACACGAAAUCGAACCCAAAAAAAUCAUCAUCAAAUCUAUCGACAUCGAGCAACAGCGGGAACAAGAAAGAUACAUUGAAAAAGGAAAAAGAAUCGACAGCAAAAAAGAAACAGCAAUCACAAGUUGAUGAGAUGAAAAUGGCGAAAGAAAAAUCAUCAUCACUUCAAGUGAUGAAAGCAAAAUUAAAGAUUCAUAAUUUGUCGAAUGACGAUUCCGUGUUAAGUAUGCGAAACGUGAGCAGUCCAAAGUCAAAUACAUUUCAUCGGCAUCAUUCGGUUGAGGCAAAAUUGCCAUCACACCAUUCUGAUCGAAAUAACUUAUCACCCACCAUUAUGGAAGAAAUUGAAUUUGAGACGCAAGAUGUUGAAACCGAAACAGAAAGGGAAUCUGAAUAUGAUACAAGAAAUGCCAAUGAGUAUGAUUUGAAAAAUGAGAAAGAAAGUGAGAAGACGAAAAAGAAAGUUGGGAAGGAGAAGGUCCCAAAAGAAAAAGAUAAGGAUAAAAAGGGAAACUCUGUUCCGUCCACGCCUACAACGAAGAAGUCUUUGAAAGCUCAUUUAACAAAUAAUAGGCUAUUUAAAGUACCUGACAUUGAUCUCAAUAAUUUGAAACUUUCGUGCUUUUUUAAUAGCAGUAAAAAUAUUGCGGCACUCAAAAAUAAGAAGGAGGAGAACACGAGUAAAAGUGCUGAACAACUUAACGCUCCACCGACUGACAUUUCAUAUGAACCUAAACCAUCAACAUCAAAAACACCCCCGUCAUCGCCGAAAAUCAAAAAACCACCACCAUCAAUGCUCGACGACAUCGACGAACAACAAAUUGUGAAUCAAAAGCAUCCACUGAGGUGUGAAAGAGUCGAUAAAUUGAGUGAAGAAAAAAUAAUCAGAAACAAUUCACAAGGAAAAAAUGAUCGAGAUCGUGAAAUGAGAAACAAGACUGUCCAUGCGAGAGACGAAGAUAGUUUCAGUGACAUUGAAGUAGAGUCACAAGCAAUGAAAGUCGUACGUACUGUUGGACAGGCAUUUGAAGUGUGUCACAAAAUCUCAAAUAACAAGAAGCAGGAUAAUAAUGAUGACAAUUCUGAAAUCAUUUCUGACUUGGAUCAGUCAGAUAUACAGAAUCUAAGUGAUUUUGAUGAGCCGAAAAAAUUAUUAGAAUCGACACCAAUUUUCCAAGAUACUCCACAAAAAUUACAGACAUCAAACCAACUGGAAGGUUUAUCGUUGCCUUUGAACAAUUUCACUGCACCACCGACACCAUCAUCACCAAAAACAAAGUCUUCCGAUGAAAAUGCUCGCGAGAUUCAUAUGCUUAGGGAACAGCUGCAGCAACAAACAUCGCAGACAAAACAAGCCUUAGCACAGUUAAUAUUAGUCCGAGAGCAAUUAUUGACAGAGACGAAUGCGAGAAUUGAAGCUCAAGCUAGAACUCAGCAACUUUUGCAACAAAAUCGAGAACUGUUAGAGCACAUUGCAUCGUUAAGUGGAUUAAAUGAAUCAGAUCGAACGACUCUAACACCUGCAGCGAUGAAUAUGACACCUCAAUCUCAAUUACCGCUUUAUUUACAAACAUUAUCGUUGUUGGGAUCACCAUCGCCAACAAAUUUGAUGCCAUCACCAAUUCAAUCACAAAAGUCAAAUGAGGAUGAUAUGAAGAAUAAUAAUAGCCCUAUGAUGCAGAAUUGUGGAAAUCAAAAUGCUUUUAACUUUGAUACUAUGAAUAUUCUACAAAAUACUAUGCAAGCUUAUAAUCAGCUACAGAAAUUAGUUAUACCACAGCAGCAGCAAACGCAGCAACAAGAAUUAUAUCAAUUAAAUUAUGAAUUAUUGAAUCGAUUGAGAAACUUGAAUGUUGGAUAUACACCAAUGCAAACAGCUGUGAGUACAUCAUCAUUCACACCCAGUCCAACGACAGGACUUCCCUCAAACUUCUCACAAGACACAAAUUUCAUGCUUGCCAAUAUGGCGAAUCAAAAUUUCAUGAACGAUAACAGCCUAAAUACCAGUAAUAAUACCAGUUGUAGUAAUAAUAAUAACAAUAAUAGUAUAAUAAAUAUGGCGCCAAACUCUCCUAUUGGAACAUUGAAUCGAAGCUCAUCAACCUAUUCCACUAUGAGUCCCAUUGGUGACAGUUUUGAUAGAUCUUUGGAUAAUAUAAACAAUAAUAAUGUUAGUUCUAGUAAUGAGUCGCCAUUCAUUAAACCAUUAUCCCAGGUCAGCACGUUCUCAACGAUGGACAAUGAAGGAAAAGUCAAAGUUCUUGUGCCAGUCGAGCAGAAGCGUGAUACAAGAUUUAGAAUUGGUGAUGAUUUUUUCAGUAUACGGCCAAAUGAUGACGGAACAUUACAAAGACCUCAACAGAAUCAGCCACAAGUAUUAACGCCAAUUUUAAGCCGUGGUGAUAGAAGACACUUUUCAGGCAAUACAGUCACAUUAAAAGUGACUGACGAGUCAGGAAAUGUAACGAAUCAGAAGAAACUUCCUGCACAGCCGAGUUUUAUCACGAGAAGCACAAGUGAAAAAGUUCCAAAUCGUAGUCAAAUAUUAGGUGACGUUCAAAGAACGUGGGCACGGCAUACAACAAAAUAACAUUUAAUUAAACUUAUAGCGAGGAUUUUAAGGAGUCCUUAUGCACAGAUUUGAUAAGUAUUUAUGCUUUCUAGUCUCAAGAUGAAUUAAACAGAUAUUAAAGUUAAGAUUAAAGGAUGGAGACUUGUGGAAAUGGUUUGCUUUAAAUGCUAAUGAUUAUGUCAUACUUCCCAAACAUUUCUCUACAGAUUAUAUCUUCUUUCUAUCCAAAUAGAAUAUUCUGUUGUGGAAAAAUAUUCAUGUACAGGAGCUUAAUGAAAGAAAUGAAAACCAUCUGCGAGACAAAAAAGAAAAUAUGGAGAAAAUUUUCUUGUCAGCUGUCAGGAAAGGUUUUCAUUUCUACGUGAUUUUUGAAUAAAAGACCGUUCUUAACAGCUAGAAAAUUCCACAACUCUUUGACAAUUUACAUUUAGAAAAUAUAACACGUUGGGCAGGGCUUAAAAGAAUUUUUUGCAACAUCUUUAGCAUGUAAAUUAUACCAAGCUUGAGAAAGUUUGUUGAUGAAUUUUUAGAAUUAGGCAUACAAUUAAAUAUGUUCAUAUGUUGUGGAUAGAGUUUUAAACCCAAAAAUCGAAUACAUCUGAGAAUCUUAUAAGGGGCCGUUCAAUUAUGACGUCCAAUAUUAACGGUCAUUUUUCAAAAAAGAACAAUGGAUUUCCAGGAAUUUCUAUUGUUAUUUUCAUGCUGACCUCCCUGGACGUCAUAAGUGAACGGCCCCUAAAUAGAUUUUACAUAAGCAAAUCAUAUCUACAUCUCUCCGAAUUACUUGUUCUGUUCAGACCCAAAAAGUAAUGAAAUCUAAACAAAGUUAAUUUAAAGUUUCAUAGAUUUUUAUUCCAUAAAGCAAAACUAUGUUCAUAAAAUGAACAAAAUUUCACAUUAAUUAAUGCACAAAGUUUAAAUAACUAGAUAAAUUUGUGAAAGUAAUUUUUUUUACAUUUAACUAUACAACAGAGACAGAUAAGUAAAAGAACAUAAAAUGUAAUGAAACUUUUAAAAAAUACACUAAUUAUUAUCUUGUAAAUCCCACCCAAAACAUAACACAAUACAUAAUUUUUACAAAAAGACAAAAGUCGUGUAAAGGUUCAUUGCAUAAAACAUACGAAAAAAUUAAAGUUAACUCAUAUUUCCGUAAACAUGUACGUGUACAUUCAUUAAUAUAUUAUGAUAAUAAAUAUGAAAAAAUUAUUCGCAAAAUUGCCAAACUUGUAAAUAAUUUAGUAGAACAAUUUUAUUUAUAAAAUCAGAGUUGGAUAUUAAAAGAAAUCGUGGAUGAGUUUCAAUUGAUUUUUUUGAUUGAAAAUUUUUCAAAUCAUUUAAAACGAAAACAAAACGUUGAAAUCUCUGAAAAGAGUUUGAAUGAAAAUAGCUUCUUUAGCUUCUCUUUCUGAAGAGACAGAAGAAUUUAUGAAAUCGGAACUUAAAGAUUGUGACAAAGUUUCGACUAAAAAGAGUUUGGAAAUUUUUUUAAAAAUUUUAACAAAGCUUAAUUUGAGCUUCAACUUAGCAUCAUAAAUAACUCUUUAUUCUAAUGUCUUUAAAAGGAUCGAAAUGAGUUCUCAAAUGUCAAGCAAAAUCAAAAGAAUCUUGUCCAUUUAUUCUACAAUUAUCCAAUUCUUAAAAACAAGUUAUGAGAUUAAAGAAAAUUGAAUAAAAUCAAUUAUAAUAUUAAGGUAGAACUGUUAAAGCUGUUAAUCGAAAAACAGAAGAAUAAAUAUGUAUGAAAAAGUUGAAAUAAAUUAUCAAAAAAAAACCUUUUGAAUUGAAUCUUGGUUAUUUUAUUUGACAUUAAUAGAAUUCUUGUCCAUAGUAUUCGCGAUAAAGGAAUAAACGACUAUUACUUUUUUUUAUUCAAAGCGUUAAGGGUGUAGUAAAAAUUUUUACCUUGCAAUAGAAUUAUUUUUGAGGAGGAAAAUUGAAAUUUAUGGUCCUUCCGGGUAAGUGAAAAGGCUCUUUUUUACAAGUCUUUAGUUUGUUCUUCUUCAUUUACGACUUUUGAAGGUGUUUUAAAAUACAUGUAAAAUAUUUUCAUAUUUAAAAGGGUUAAUGGGAAAAUUUCAAUUUUGCUGCGAGGCUAAUAUCUUGCCUGAGACUCUAUGGGGCUUUUAAAAUGAAAUCUUAGAUCUAACAAAGUGACACGAAGGUUUUUAAAGCCCAAUUAGCAUCAAAUAUUUCUCAAGUUUUGAUAUCGAAACAAAAAUGUUUGAAUUGUUUUUAAAUUCCAUUUUAAAAAUCAUUAAAUUGGAUCUUAUUGCAGGGAUGAAUUUUUAAUAGCUUUCUAUAGCCAUUACUGCUUCUUUUAAAAGGUUCUUAAACAAUUUUUACGACAUAAAUCCUAUCUUGUGCAUAAAUUUUCACCGAGAGAAACAUGCGAUUCUCAUUUAUCUCUUAAAUGUGAUGUUUUGCAUAAAAUAACGUUGGCUAUAGUAUUAAGAAUUAUUUUCGUCCAUAAUUUAAAGUCUUAAUAUAAAUAUGGAAUAAAGUAUGUUGCAUCAUAAAUAAAAUUUUCCACAAAACUUCAUUAAAAUGUUUAUAAUAAAAAUCUCAAUUUUUCACUCCACAGAUGACAUCAACAGCAAAAGUAGCACGAUGGUUUAGUCAACUUCAAUCAUACCCAGCUGGAUCAUUAUCACGACCCGAGAGUGGAUUUGUGUCAACCUCAGAGUCUCGCUCAUCCGAGAAGAAUUUAAAGAAAUCUGAUGGUGAUGAACACGAUGGUAAAAAUCUAUUUGGUGCGACAGCAACCGACGACUAUGCAGACGAAUAUUUAUUGGUAGAAGGAACAGCAAGUUUAUGGAGUAAAUUAAGUGUCAAAAAGCGGAAAAAAUUGUUGGGAUUAAAAUUAGGAAAAGUGACGACAUUCUGAUUUAUCAAAAAUCAUUUUUAAUGACAAAACUCAUGGUUUGUUUAUUAUUUAAACAGAAAUUAAUUACUUUAAUCUAGAUGAAAUUAGUUUAGUUGAUAAAUUUCUCAUCCCUUAAUUAUUUAAAAUAAUAUAUAGUAGUUCCUUUUCUUGGAAGUUUUCGUACUUUUAAUUUUCUUAGUUAAAUGCCAUAAUAGGUUUUAAUUUUAAUUUUUUUAACAUUAUCGCUUUGCUUUAAUUUGAUUUAUGUAAUUUAAAUGACACUUAAGUGACACAAAGUUUUAACUAAAUCGAGCUAGGGCUGAUUUAUUAAUCGCUUACAGAAAAUAGUGAACUUGUUCCAUUUAACUUUUAAUAUGAAAAAAAUGAAGGUAUUAAAAAUAAGUUGACAAGAACUUUGAUUUAAUUUAAAUUUGGCAUCUUCUGGUUGCUAAAACCAAAAUACUGAAGAUUAGUUGAAAUAAACCGAGGAUGUGAGAGAGAUUGACUUAAAAUUUUGUGUUAUUUUGGUUCUAUAAUAAUAUUUAAUUGAAAUUAAUUGGUAAGAAAAAUUCCUUGCAAAUUUCAUUGUUGCUUUCUGGAUGUUUAGCUAGUUCAAACAUAAAUGUAUCCUGACUGACUGAAACAUCGAGAUUAGCAUCAGUGUUAAUUCACAUCCUUAGUGUUCUUAUCUACUUUUAUAUCCUAUAAAAGUAUUUAAAUUUGAACUUUUUGAAUUGAACGGGGAAAAAUUGAAAAUAUUCCUAGCAAAAUUAAUUAUUUAAUGUUUUUUACUAUUAUUUUUCUAUAUAUUUUAAUGAAACAUUUAGACUCAACUCAUAUUGAAUUGUUGGUUUCUGUAAAAAAAAUUCUAAGUUCUAAGACUGACUUUGAGAAAGCACGUUGAACAGAUAAAAAG